UCUCGCUCGACUGGCAAUUUUCUCCUCGUCAUCAAUCGCACACACGGACUCUUUCCCUGACCUUGCGUCUCCCUCGACCGAACGCACCGUCAAGCCUCAGCUCAGGUGAUUUCCAUCAGGGCACAGUUCUCCAGCAGCCGUUGCGCGCUCGCUCUCUCUGACUUGAGGAAGUCGCUCAUCGUCGCCGCCCUUGCUUUUGGGCCGUCCCCACCGAAGCUCCGGACACGCGGUGCGCCCUCAAACACGUCAUCCGGUGACGAAAUUCUACAUCGCCACAGGCGACCAGCAUCUCCGCUCCAUUGACGUUUCAUCAUCUUCGCAAAACUCCCCGUCUCGUCUCGCGAAGCGCGAUCGCCGCGACAACAAUCUUUCGCAAUGGCGCCUACGUCAGGCGAGCUCGCCAAACGCUACUAUUGCAACGGCUACGGCUACUGCUACAACAGCAGGUGGUACGACUGGGGCCGGUGGGUCGUGGUCGGAGCCAUCAUCUUCUUCUGCCUCCUCAUCCUCCUGUCUUGCACUUGUGUUGCCCGUCGUCGCCGCCGCCGUGGCGCGCAACCCAUGUACGGCACCGGAUGGAUGGCGCCCGCCGGCAAGUAUGGCCAGAACGGCCACGAGAUGAACAACUACCAGACGGGAUACAACCAGCAGCAGGGCUAUGACCAGCAGUACCAGCAGCAAGGCUGGAACCAGCAGCCCGGAGGCUACGCCAACCCUCCACCUGCCUACGGCCAGCAGCACCCCCAGUACACAGGCACCACAUUCAACCCCAAUGACGGCUACUACGGCCAGCAGCAGGGCCAGCAGUACGGUGUCCAGCAACCCCCCAACACGUACCAACGCGAAGGCAAUUUCUCUCCGCCUCCUGGCCCGCCCCCUGGCAAGUAAGGGCAUCGCGGACGGGAACGUGCGUUGUUGAAAACGAACGGUUGAGUGUCGAUGUGGCUGGCGUUACGGGGGCACUGUAACGGCCUCAUAUUUUCUUGCUUUGUUUCAUUUGGCGGAUGCUACGGUAAUGGACUGUGAACGAUACCAUAUAUGAAGAAAUUGCUACAUGAUCGCUUUGUGUUGCGGACAUACACUUGUUGCGAUUGCGGCGUUUGGAUAGGUCGUGGGGGCCCAGCGCCUGGUUGCAUGUAACGGUCUCGAGCUUUGGCUUCGGGCGGCAACAAUCUACUCUGCGCAGCUAGAGCAAAUCGGACUUUAGCCAGUCUUGACAUGUCAUAAAGGCUCGUUUGACCAAACUGUACGGGAUUACACUAAGG